AUGUUGUCCAUCUCCGAGCCGUACCAGCUCUCCUGCGUCAUUUCCAGGGUUUCCCUUCUUCAUCACCAUCUACCACCCGCCAUCCUCGCAUCCGGCCGCCACGCAACCAAUAUCAUCUCCCACAAGUCACACGCAUCACCCCCGGGUCCCUGCAUUGGCACCGUGCAGCGCAUCACCGACGUCGACACCCGUUUCCCUUCGGCCUGCUGCAUUGUCCCCUUCUCUCGCCGCCGCGCCAUGAACUGCCACACGGCGUCAAGGCUAGCCGGCCGAGCCCUCUCAGCGCACCGGAGCCUAUUUCCCAACUACAGGAGCGUACCGCGACUUGUGACUCGACAGGUGGCGCACACCACGGCGCGUCCAGACAAGUGCUGUGCGGCGUCCGGCAAGAGCAAGCUCCCGCAGGGCGAGCAGCAGCCGGUAGGCUUCUGGGCGUCCCGGACGACAUGGCGCAGAGCCUCGGUCAACACGCUCCGCUGCCUCGUCGGAUGCACCACUGGUGAUUUCAGCGCCAUGUGGCUUCUGCAGACUCAAUGCCCCGAGCUGGGCAUGCCCACCAUCAUGGGCCUCGCCAUGGCGGCUGGCAUAUCCACGUCCAUGGUGCUCGAGACUGUGCUGCUGCGCCUCGGCCGCGACGGCCUGUCCUGGCCGGCGGCUGCAAAGACGGCGGCGGGCAUGAGCUUGAUAUCCAUGGUCACGAUGGAACUGGCCGAAAACGUCGUCGACUACUCGCUGACGGGAGGCGCCGUGGCGUUUGACUCCCCGGCGUUUUGGCUCGCGGCGCUGGUCUCCAUGGGCGCAGGGUUCCUCGCGCCGCUGCCGUACAACUACCACAGGCUGCGAAAGUAUGGCAAAGCGUGCCACUGA